AACUUCUUAUCAUUUCCCUCUGCCCAUUCUCUUCCUUCUCGUAACCAUGGUUUCCUCUUUACUGGCAUUUUCUCCUGAACUGUGCUUAAAGCCAUGGCAGAAUACUGGUAAUUCUUCUAACAAACUUAAAAUUCCUUCUGGGCUUAAUAAAAACAAGAUCCAAGCUGUAGUACGGUGCAAGAAAAAGGGAGAAAUAUUUCAUAGUUCAUUGAAAAAUGGACAUUUACGCACUGAUUUUCCACCCUUUAGUAAAGUCUUGCCACAGAAGUCCGUGAUUCCUAUUGCUGUCUCUCUUUCUGUUUUUCUAUGGUCUGGUUCAGCUCAUGCUGGAUUUCUCUCGGGUUUCUCUGGGAUAGAAUCAGUUCCUGGUCCUCAGUUACCUGAGAUUGACUUUCUCACCCGCUUUAACGAAGAAAAUCAGAAGAAGUACGCAGAAUUUGAUGAAAGAUUCAAAGAGUCUCCCUUGCUUAAGAAGUUGCUUGAACAAUCCAAGCUGAACAAGGAAAAAAACCGACAAGCUAUUCAAGACAAAUAUUGUAUUCGAGGAGCUGAGUGGGGUGUUGGAGACUGCUCGGCUGAUGGUAUGUCACCUGAAGAUAGAGAGAAGUUCAUUGCCAUGUUGAAGCAGAAGGCUGGAGUCGAAUGAACGCAGCUGCUGUCACAUAUUGAUAAUGCCCUUUCUUUUCAGAUUUGUAGAUCAGGUAUUUCCGUUAACAGGUUGUCUGAAGAUCUGAUUUGCAGGUUGAUGGCUGCACAGAGAAAAUUCUUGAAGCACAAUUACAUCGUACGAAGAAUCAAACUAGCAAAUUCAGAAAGGGAGACACAUCUGAUGCAAAGCAGGCAUUAAAUUAUAUAAGAAAAAUCUAAAAAUUUCAACUACACGUGGGUGUUUUCUAUUGAGCAGCCUAUUUAUUUGUUUCACACCCUCAAGA